CUACACCACUUCCGCAUUCUUCUCACUUUAUUAUACAGGCUAUAAGAUACAGGUGGGACAUUUGGAAACCGCUCUUUCUGUUUUACUACUCGUCGUGUCAAGUACAGAAAUACACAAAUUCUUCCAGACAGUUCCUCCGAUGACAGAUCGCACUAUAGAGCGCCAAAAUGGAUCAGUUAGACCUUCUAACGAAUGAAGAGUUGCUGUUUUUCUUCCACCGGAAAAAGACGGAGAUCUCGUGCAUAGAGCAACCGCACAGACUCCUCACUCAGCUGCGCGACCACGAUCUGGUGCCAGAGAAACUGUUUGAGACUAUGAUAAAGAUACGUUCUCCUGAGCAGAAGGAGAAGGGCUUUUAUGUGGUCCUGGACUGGUUGGAGAAGAAUAGACCUCAGGACAUAAAUCAGUUCUGGUCCUGUGUAUUUGAAGAACAUAUCCUGAAGCUGUACCCAACGCUACGCAUCCUCAAAAAAAAUCUCCUGGAAAUUAUAGAGAGUAAAGGUAAAGCAGAGAAAGGGCAGGAGAAGAGCUACACUGGAAAGAGAAAAAAAGAUGAUAAAACUAAUGAGGAUAAUAUUGAUCCUCAUUUUUUCUCUGCUUUCACACCCAAGCGGAGGAAACCAGACAAAAAACCCUCAUUCUGCACUUCCAAUCUCUUUGAGAAACCUCUGGAUGUUGAGACACUGAAAGAGGAGGAAGAGAGCAAAAGAAAAGUAGAGAAAGGAAAGGACAAGAGCUGCACAAGAAAGAGAAGAAAAGAUGAUAGAAGUAGCGAGGAUAGUGAUGAUCCUGGCCUUUUCUCUACUUCCACACCCAAGCGGAGGAAACCAGACACAAAACCCUCAUUCUCAUCUCCUGUGAACAAAGAAGACAAGAAAGAAAUUUUGACAUUGCCUGUUCAUGAAGCUCAGCUGCCUGUGACCUGUGGGGAUAAAGAAGGCACUCUCUAUCGGGACAAACUGUCCGCAGGGGAAAAGUGUAUUUUGUCCCAUGGACGCUGGUUCACCCCAGCUGAUUUUGAGAAGGUUGCGGGGAAGGAAAAGUGCAAAAACUGGAAAUCCAGCAUCCGCUGCAGAAACAUUACACUUAAGAAACUCAUAGAGGAGGGGCAUCUUCAGUGUCCACAGAGGAAGAAUAGAAAGAAAACCUGUGUUCAAAAAAACAUGAAUAAGAGGUUUCCAGUCAGUUCUAACAAGAGAAACAGUGCAGAUUUAGAAACAAGCUCUAGUUUGAUGGAGGAAAGGGAUGCUGAAGAGGAGGAAGAAGAAGACAUGGCAGAUCUGUCUGUUUUCCAGGCUCCUUCUUUACCAGUCACCUGUGUUUCACUCACUGGGACUCUAUACAAAUGCAGGUUUGCGUCAGGGAGUCGUGGGAAGUGUAUACGUACUGAGGAAAAAUGGUUCACGCCGGAGGAAUUUGUAAAGCAGGAACCGACUCUCGCUGAUGGACUCUGGAAGAAAGAUAUUCUGUGCCAUGGAAAAACAAUUAACUUUUUACUCCAGAAAGAGAUUCUGCGCAUCCAUUCCCUUCUGUGUGAAUGUGUGAAAUGCAGCACUCAAGAGGAAGACUUGCUGGCCCAGAAAAAUGAUGACGAGUGUUAUGUGUGUCACUCUGAGGGAGAUCUUGUGUGUUGUGACGAGUGUCCACGAGCUUUUCAUUCACACUGUCACCUACCAGCUGUACACGGAGACUCACCUGGGGAAUGGAUUUGUACCUUGUGCGUGUUAAGAAACAGUCAACAGUGGCUUGACUCCAAUAACAUGUCUGAACAAGAAGCUUUCAAUGCCCCAGUGUCUCAAUACAUAUUGCACUGCCACUACCUCCUGUUAUGUGUGUACAGAAAGGACAUCCAGAAGGUGUUUGUUGAGGAUCCACGACAAACAGUGCGCAGAUACUCCAAGUUCAUAACUGAGCCGAUGUGGCUGGACAGAAUAAAGCAGAAAUUGGACAGUAGAAAGUAUCAGACGGUAGGAGCGUUCGUCUCUGACUUUCAGCUCAUUUUCAGCAACUGCAGCAUGUUCAAUAAGGACAAUGAGUUUGGCCGAAUGGGUGCCAGGCUGAAACAAAUGUUUGAAGAAGAGUUCCGGAAAAUCUUCAAAAUUACAGAAGAGUUCACACCUAAAAUAAUUAAGGGAAAUUACAAGGACAAACACAAAAUUGUAUACAGGUUUGUGUGUCCAUAUGCUGGUCAGUUUCGUUGCAGUCUGACCAGGCUUGUGUUUGUGAUGGAGAGUGCAGGAGAGGUGCUUUAUAACACUGUCUCAUGGGAUCCUCGUCUGUUGGCUGGUUUGGGUGUGAUGCAGCCUGCAGGACCCUUAUAUGACAUUAAAUGUUUUAAUGGUUCCAUCUCAGGACUACACCUUCCACACUGUGAAAUGUUCGCAGAGGAAAAAAUUGAUUGUUUAGCUGUAGCACAUUUCACUGGUGGUAAUGUGGCAAUAAUGAAUCCGCUUGAAGUGACUGAAGCUUAUGUGAAGAUUGACAUCCACGAUCUCUCCCUUUUUGGGCUCAUAAAAAGGAUCUUUUCUCAUUCCCCUGUCAUUGCCCAAGUACUUAUUUUUCUGCGACCAAUAACUGAGGGACAGGAAGAAAAAAUACUGGAUGUCCAUUUGCUUCCAUGGAAUGUUCCAGUGUCAGAGGUCGAGAACCAACACACGGAGCAUUGUCCUAUCACAACCACUUCAAAGUGUUCUCUCAUCCUGGGAAAACAAUACCGUUUGUGUUGUCAAACAGAGGAAUCUACAGUGCAGCCAGAGACUGAGGAGUUUGUGUUUAAUUUGGGUCCAAACUAUCAUCCCACAUUUGAAGUGUUUGUAAAUGCCAGAAAUGACGAGGUCAAACUAAGUCUUAUAGAUAUCACUGAAGAAAGGGCAGUGUGGCCUCCACGACGAGUCCUUAUCAGAGACACACGUCCAGUUCACAGACGGCUACCGGGUGUUCAAUUUGUGGACAGACACAGAAGUCAACUCAUUCAGAGAGUUACAUCAGUGAUGGGGAUUGCUGAUGUUCUGAGGGACAGGCGCAUGAUAACAGUGGAAAUGUACAAUAUCAUUCGUGCUGUAGAAUCAAACCAUAACAAAAUGCGAGAAUUGUUUAAUGCUCUCGACUCCGGAGGAGAUCAUGUAAAAGCAGAAUUCUAUCGAUUGCUGGUGGAGAACGAACCGUAUCUAGCAAAUGAUCUGAAUAACUGACCCAAUAUACCACAGUAAUGCUUACUGGAACUUGAGUCAGUUUGAUAUGGCAGCUACAGCUCCUUUACAUGUAUAUGAGAGAGAUCCAGGUGCUUAUUUUCUGAAUUUAGUAUAAGAUUUACAAAUUAUAUUUGUGGUAUGAAUACCAAAAGUUUGUUUCAAACCUUAUUAUCAUGUUCUUCAGCAUAAUCUGAGAAUUAACCGACAGCAUCUUACCAUCUGAUCAUCAGUGCCAGCAUUUGUAGGCUAUGUCUGCUGAUUUUGCCUGCUGAAUGUACCUGUGAAAUGCAGAAUCUAAAACAUGUCUUCAUUUAUGUCUAUGCUUUAUCCUUUAAUAUGCUUUAAUGUUUGUUUUUAAAAUUCUCAAACUGUAUCCAGAUUUACAUUUUAGAUUUCAUUUGAAUCUAUCCUAUCUAUCUUCUAAUCCUCUUUGGUGCUCAUUGUAUAUGUUAAUGUGCUUAUCAUUUACUCUGACUGGAUUUGUUUAAUAUGAGGUAUGCAUGAUGCUGUUACAUAUGAAUGUUUUCAUUGUAUAAUACUGUGAAAAAAAACACAAUAAAAAGUUAAGUCUUCAUCAUAAAAAGAA